AUGACAGCAGAUAGUGAAAAAAAACAAACAGUAACUGAAACAAAGAAUAGUAGUAGUAGCUUAAAUAGUAUUGUGGAAACAGACAAGGAUAAGGUGGAUUUCACAGCUGGUUCCUCUGCUAAUGAUUUUAAAUAUUACCCAGAUACACCAGAUGCUGCUUUAAAUAAAUUGAAAUUUGCCAUUAAAUCACCCUCACAAUAUUAUGAUCCGUGUGAAGAAUCGUCCAAAAUGAGUUUUAGAUGUUUAGAGUCAAAUAACUACGACCGAGAUCUAUGUAGAGAUUAUUUUGAUGCGUAUAGGGAAUGUAAGAAACAGUGGUUGAAGAGCAGAAGAGAAAACAGAAGGUACUGGGAAAAGUAA